GCAAAGAGUCCACUGUGUGCCCGUACUUCAAGGCGCUGUCGCCGGAAGACUCGUCCAUCCGAUCUGGACGGACGACCCGUGUGUUCUGGGUGCGUGAAGAUGCCAAAGAUGCGGAGUUGCUCUUGUUGCCCUAUGACUACUUGAUAGGCCAAGGAACCAGAGAGUCCUUGCAAGUGGCUAGCCCGCAGGGA